AAAAGGAAGUCCUGGGGAACGCACCCCUCCUUGCCCAGGAGGGGAAAGCCAUGCAGCGCCCAGAGGCUGGGAAGCCUAUUAUCAAAUUCAACCACUGUCAGAAGUACAUCUACAGCUUCAGCGUGCCGUCAUGCUGCCCCCUCUGCGGGCAGGACGUGGGCUCCAGGAAGCUGGAGGAAGCACCUGUCAGCAUCCCUAAUCCGUUUACCGAUGGGCAUCAAGAAGAGUGUUCAUUCCUCCUCAGACCAACUCAAGGGACGUUUCUUAGGGAGUAUGACGGAAGGUCUGAUCUUCACGUGGGGAUAACCAACACAAAUGGAGUCGUGUAUAAUUACACGGUGCACGGUGUCCAGCGAGACGAAGCGGGCUGGGGGCAGAGCGUGAGCAUCCCGCUCCUGCAGCCCGGCAUGUUCGGACUGAUGGACCAGUGGGACAAGUACCUGGAAGACUUCUCCACCACGGGAGCCUGGCUGCCUCACAGGUACGAAGAAGACCACCACAACUGCUACAGCUACGCCCUCAAGUUCAUUAACUGCGUGCUGGCCACACAGGGCGAGGAGCGGCUGGACCGGGACGAGUUCACGGAGAAGUUCGUGAUCCCGAGGACGAGGAAGGCUUCCAAGUACAUCAUGCUCUACCGCAUGAUAGAAGAGCACGGCUUCUACGUCAUCGAGCCCCCUGGUCCCCAGACAAGCCCACGUCCGGGAAGCGGCUCGUGCUGA